AACCUGAGCCAGUGGGGCGCUCUGGACCCAGCUUUGCCUCAGGCUGGCCUCCCCAGGCCUGGUCCUGCCCAGGGUAGGGUGUUCCCCAGCAGCGAUUAGCAGGCAGGGAGAUGGGCGGUGGCCAGACAUGCCAUUGGGGUGAACGCAACAGGGGGGUCUUUGAUCUACUCUGGCCAAGCCCCGGUCUUGAAAGGAAUAAAACCCGAGGUGAGUCCAGGCGAGUGAGGCUUUGCAGGCUCUUCGCUCUUGUUGCGGUUUUGCUCUGCUGCCCUUUGACACCGACUUCCACCAUGACCCAGCGAUCCUCAGUGACCAUCAAGUCUGGGGGCACACGGAACUUCAGUGCCUCCUCAGCCAGCCUCCUUCCUGGCUGCCGGCCCGGCUUCAGCUCUGUCUCCGUGUCCCAGAGCGGGAAGAGUUUUGGAGGCGGCUUCGGGGGUGGUUUUGGGACAAGAAGCCUACACAGCCUGGGAGGUAGCAAGAGAAUUUCCAUCUCUGGAGGCUACCGCUCCAGCCGAGCCAGCUUCGGGGGUGCUGCCUGUGGGCUAGGCGUCAGUGGCAUAGGGUACAGAGUUGGAGGAGCCUAUGGUGGGUACGGAUUUGGAGGUGGGGUGGCCCCUGGAGCUGGGGGCAUCCAUGAAGUCACCGUCAACCAGAGCCUCCUUACGCCCCUGCACCUGGAGAUCGAUCCGUCUCUCCAGCGGGUUCGGAAGGAGGAGCGGGAGCAGAUCAAGACCCUCAACAACAAGUUCGCCUCCUUCAUCGACAAGGUGCGGUUCCUGGAGCAGCAGAACAAGGUCCUAGAGACCAAAUGGAGCCUCCUGCAGGAGCACAAGACGACCAGGACCAACCUAGAGCCCAUGUUUGAAGCUUACAUCGCCAACCUGAGACGCCAGCUGGAGUGCCUGGGCGGGGAGCGGGGCAGGCUGGAGACAGAGCUGAAGAGUAUGCAGGACGUGGUGGAGGACUUCAAGAACAAGUAUGAAGAAGAAAUACACAAGCGUACAGCGGCAGAGAAUGAGUUUGUAAUACUCAAAAAAGACGUGGACGCUGCCUACAUGAACAAGGUGGAGCUGGAGGCCAAGGUGGACGCCCUGAUGGACGAGAUCAACUUCCUGAGAGCAUUCUAUGAGGCGGAGCUGGCUCAGCUUCAGGCUCAGAUCUCUGAGACCUCUGUGGUCCUGUCCAUGGACAACAACCGCAGCCUGGACCUGGACAGCAUCAUCGCCGAGGUCAAGGCGCAGUACGAGGACAUCGCCAACCGCAGCCGAGCCGAGGCUGAAUCCUGGUACCAGACCAAGUAUGAGGAGCUGCAGCGGUCUGCUGGCCAGCAUGGGGAUGACCUCCGUACCACUAAGAUGGAGAUCUCUGAGCUCAACCGGGCCAUUCAGAGGCUGCGCUCUGAGAUUGACAGCCUGAAGAAGCAGUGCGCUGCUCUCCAGGCUUCCAUCGCUGACGCCGAGCAGCGUGGCGAGCUGGCCCUCAAAGACGCCAAGCAGAAGCUGGCCGAGCUGGAGGACGCCCUGCAGAAGGCCAAGCAGGACAUGGCGCGGCAGCUGCGCGAGUACCAGGAGCUCAUGAACGUCAAGCUGGCACUGGACAUUGAGAUCGCCACCUACCGCAAGCUGCUGGAGGGCGAGGAGUGCAGGCUCACCGGAGAAGGUGUCGGUGCUGUGAACAUCUCUGUGGUCUCUUCCUCCGGGGGAACAGGCUACGGAGGAGCUGGCGGCCUCUGCCUGAGCAGCGGCGGCUACGGCGGUGGGAGUGGCCUCUGCUAUGGCGGGGGAGGCAGUGGCGGCUUCAGCUCCACCAGCGGUCGCAGUGUGAGCGGCAGCUGCUCGAGCAUGCGCAUUGUCUCCAAGACGUCAUCCAGCAAGAAGAGUUUCAGGAGCUAGAGUGCUGCCUGCCUGGGCACUGUCCGCAGGCCCCCAGCUCUGCGGCGCUAAGGCCUGAUGUUUAACCCGUGCCCACAGUCCCCAGCCAGAGGCCCUGACACCCAGUGGCUUUAGCCUCCAGCCAGGUCCCCACAGAGAUACCCCACCCACUCCAGAUAGCAGAGAGGAAGUGUGAGGGGAUAGGAAAGGAGUUGCAUGGAAGGUUUUUUAUUUUUUUAUUUUUUGAAACCUGGUCUUCACAGUGGUUUAGUCUGAAGAGCGGUGAGCCUUCAAAUAUCCACUGAGUUCAAGACCAAAAUAGUUCCCAGAGGCAAUUAGUCUGUCUGCUGCUGUGCUUGUGUGUAAAGAAAGUUAACAGCUUUGGGGUAGCAGCCAAACCUCCAGAGCCGUCCACUCCUUUCGAGAUUGCCUAUUUCCUAGAAUUGCUGCAAUAAACUGCCACUGAGCACCCCAGGUCUUCGCUAAGUGUGUUGCAUCUCAUACCCAGCGGGAACCUCAGAACCGGGAACUCUGGGAAGAGAUGCUUCCUUGAGAGUGAUGAACCAGAGUACCCUCUGCCCUGAGCCCUGGGCCCCAAGAAUCAUCCGCCCUGGAGACAGGGCUGUGGCUUUGUGGCACCCACAUGGCUCCAGGGAGCCCUCUUCUCACGCCUCAGUCCACUCAGUACCAGCCCACACCCUGUCCUCAGCCCA